UCAGUGCUCAGCACAGGGGGGCAGCAGGGCUGCCCAGCACGGCACUGACAGCACCAAGGGUGGGGGGCUGCCCAACAGCUGUGCCCAAAAGGGACCCUGCCCAUUCCCAGAGCAGGGCCAGCUGUCCCCAUCAUGUCCAGCAUGGUGCCAGCACAUGACGGGCAGAUGUGGCCAUUCCCAGGCGGGACGGUGAGUGCGAUAAGAGAGGGCAAUGGGGCUGAGGAACCCCUGUGCCCACAGCGUGGGACAGUCCCCACGUGUCAGUCACAGGCAGGGACACUCCAAGGUCCCCAGCAGUCCAGACACUAUAAGAGGGUGAGCAGCCCCACCGCGGCACCUUUCCUCCACACAACCAUGCUGGGAGCCGUCUGUCUCGUCGUGCUGCUGGGCUACGCCUAUGGAUGCGGUCAGCCGGCCGUGCCACCACAGCUGCACUCCCGCGUGGUGGGCGGUGAAGACGCUGUAGCCCACAGCUGGCCAUGGCAGAUCUCGCUGCAGUACCGCCACUCUGGAUCCUGGAGCCACUUUUGUGGCGGGACCCUCAUUGCCCCGCAGUGGGUGCUGACAGCUGCCCACUGCAUCAGCUCUUCCAUGACCUACCGUGUGGCGCUGGGCAGGCAGGACGUGUCAGAGGCUGAUGAGCCUGGUUCUGUGGCCAUGGCUGUGGAGAAGAUAAUCGUCCAUGAGGACUGGGACUCCUACUACCUCAUCAAUGACAUUGCCCUGGUCAAGCUGGCAGAGGAGGUGCAGGAGACUGACACCAUCCGUGCUGCCUGCCUGCCGGCUGCUGACAAGACCCUGCCCAACAACUACCCAUGCUAUGUCACCGGCUGGGGAAGCAUGAGGACCAACGGGCCCCUGGCCGACAUCCUGCAGCAGGCUCUGCUGCCCGUGGUGGACUAUGAGACCUGCUCCAGUUGGGACUGGUGGGGCGACCUUGUGUCCGAGACCAUGGUGUGCGCCGGCGGUGAUGGCGUCGUCUCUGGAUGCAACAGUGAUUCUGGGGGCCCCCUGAACUGCCAGCGCGAUGAUGGGAGCUGGGAGGUGGAGGGCAUCGUCAGCUUCGGCUCCAGCCGGAGCUGCAACCUGAAGGGGAAGCCGACAGUCUUCACCCGGGUGUCCGCCUACAUCGACUGGAUCAACGAGGUGGGUGCCCCUUCCUCUGCCCCCACACAGGGGUUUGUCCACACUGCCCCUGCCCUGCCAGCAGUUUCAUCAUGA